AAAAAAAGCUCUGACAUUUGUUUAGCCUGUGACGCGGAUUGCUAAAGUUAGCUAGCAUGGUGUUAGCCCGUGCUAGCCUGUCCCCGUUGCGAGCUAACGUUAGCUUGCCCGGUUAGCACGAACCUCCCCCUCUCGUUUGUGAUGCUAACUUUUUAAUGCUCCGUCCCAGCGGGGUUAUUAUGGAGACGCCGGGGAGGAUAACCACCACACCGGAUGCUGUGGACUUCACGGUGGAUAACGUGGAAAAGGCCCUUCACCAGUUGUACUAUGAUCCGAACAUUGACAACAAGAACCUGGCCCAGAAGUGGCUUAUGCAGGCCCAGGUGUCUCCUCAGGCAUGGCAGUUCUGCUGGGCUCUGCUCAGCCCAGACAAGGUGCCGGAGAUCCAGUAUUUUGGCGCGAGCGCACUUCACACCAAGAUCUCCCGCUACUGGUCGGACAUUCCCAGCGACCAGUACGAGUCUCUGAGGAGCCAGCUGUUCUCUCAGAUCGCCUGCUUCUCCUCGGGCUCCAAGAUGGUGCUCACGCGGCUAUGCGUGGCCCUGGCCUCGCUGGCGCUCAACACCAUGCCCGAGGCCUGGCCGGGCGCCGUGGCGGAGAUGGUGCGGGUGUUCCAGGAGGAGGGCGGCGGGGUGGACGGGCGGGCGCGCUGCCUGGCGCUGCUGGAGCUGCUCACCGUCCUUCCUGAGGAGUUCCAGACGAGCCGCUUGCCGCAGUACCGAAAGGGGCUGGUCCGUGGCGCCCUGGGGCAGGAGUGGGGGUCGGUGUGUCCCUUACUGCAGCAACUGCUGCGAAGGUCGGACAGCCCCGGAGCGGUGAAAGCCCGCGUGUUGCGCUGCCUGUCCUCCUGGGUGCUGCUGGACGUGCCCCUCAGCGAGAGCGAGGGCCUGGUGCACGACUGCUUCAGCGCCCUGCCCGACCCCGAGCUCUUCGACACCGCCGUGGAGGCGUUAGUCAACACCAUCUCGCAGCCCGACUCCCAAAGAUACGUGAACACUCUGCUGAAGCUGGUUCCUCCGGUGCUGGCUCUUCAGGGUCAGCUACGAGAGGCCGUCCAGAACGGGGACAUGGAGACGUGUCACGGUAUCUGCCGUAUCGCCGUCACGCUGGGAGAGAACCACUCCAGGACUCUUCUGGAGCAGGUGGACCACUGGCAGAGCGUCCUGGCUCUAGUCAACAUGAUCAUGUUUUGCACAGGCAUCCCCGGCCACUAUCCAGUCAAUGAGACCACCAGCUCCCUCACACUCACCUUUUGGUAUACACUCCAGGAUGAAAUCAUGUCAUUUGAGUCGGACAAGCAAGCGGUGUACCUCCAAGUCUACAGGCCGGUGUAUUUCCAGCUGGUGGACGUCCUGCUCCACAAAGCACAAUUCCCCUCCGACCAAGAGUACGAGUCCUGGUCGUCGGAUGAAAAAGAGCAGUUCCGCAUCUACAGGGUGGAUAUCUCCGACACACUCAUGUACGUGUACGAGAUGCUGGGUGCCGAGCUGCUGAGUAAUCUGUAUGACAAACUGGGACGACUGUUGACUAACACGGAGCAGCCCACGUCGUGGCAGCACACGGAAGCGUUGCUGUAUGGCUUCCAGUCCAUAGCCGAGACGAUAGACGUCAACUACUCUGACGUUAUUCCGGGCCUCAUAGGUAUCAUCCCCAGAAUCAGCAUCAACAACGUUCAGCUGGCGGACACCGUGAUGUUCACUAUAGGUGCUCUGGCUGAGUGGUUGGCGGACCACCCGGUGAUGCUCAGCAGUGUUCUGCCCCUCGUGCUGCAAGCUCUCGGCAACCCGGACCUUUCUAUUUCCUCCGUUUCGACGCUGAAGAAGAUCUGCAGGGAAUGCAAAUGUGACCUGCCACCUUACGCAACCAACAUAGUCGCCGUGUCUCAGGAGGUUCUUAUAAAGCAGAUUCACAAGACGAGUCAGUGCAUGUGGCUGAUGCAGGCGCUGGGCUUCCUGCUCUCGGCGCUGCCCGUGGAGGACAUCCUUCGAAACCUUCACUCUCUCAUCACCCCUUACAUCCAGCAACUGGAGAAAUUAGCGGAGGAGACGCCUAAUCCGUCCAAUAAGUUAGCUAUCAUCCACAUCUUGGGGCUCCUUUCCAACUUGUUCACUACGCUGGACAUCAGCAAGCAGGAUGACCAAUCAGCAGAUGGCUCCGCCGUUCCUGUGAAAACAGCACCUCCUCCACCUGGACCCAACCCAGUUGUGGUGGUUUUGCAGCAAGUGUUUGCCCUCAUACAGAAGGUCCUCAGCAAGUGGUUGAAUGACUCGCAGGUCGUCGAGGCGGUGUGCGCCAUCUUCGAGAAGUCAGUGAAGACGCUGCUGCACGAUUUCGCCCCCAUGGUGUCUCAACUCAGUGAGAUGCUCGGACAGAUGUACAGUACGAUUCCUCAAGCUUCUGCCCUCGACCUCACGCGACAGAUGGUACAUAUCUUUGCCAGCCAGACGGACCACUUCCCACCCAUCAAGUCUCUGUUUGAGCUCGUUACCUCGGUAACGUUGUCCAUCUUCCAGCAAGGACCCAGGGAUCAUCCUGAUAUUGUUGAUUCAUUUAUGCAACUCCAAGCUCAGGCCCUCAAACGGAAGCCUGAUUUGUACUUGUCUGAGAGUCUUGACGUGAAAGCGGUCUUCCACUGCGGCGUCCUAUCGCUGAAAUUUCCAGAGGCUCCGACCGUCAAGUCGACGUGUCUGUUCUUUACUGAGCUGCUGCCUCACUGCUCAGACGUGCCUCCGGUUGGCGGGGUGGUGCAGGAGGACGGCAAGCUGUUGCUGCAGGCCCUGCUGGAGGGGAUUGGGGGCGGGGCUUCUCGGAGCCUGAUGGACCAGUUCGCAGAGGUGCUUUUCAGCCUGAACAAGCACUGCUUCUCGCUGCUCACCAUGUGGCUGAAGGUGACGCUGCAAGCGCCGGGCUUCCCGUCGUCGCGGGUCACAACGGAACAGAAGGCCAACUUCUCACAGCACAUACUCAGAGAACGAGUGAACAAGAGGAGGGUGAAGGACAUUGUGAAGGAGUUCACACUGCUGUGCAGGGGCCUGCACGGUACAGAAUACGCCGCCGAUUACUGACAAGCGGACACGUUGACCCCCUCAUCGAAACCGGGACCUCCUCCCUCAGCGCCGGACGCCACCACGAGACAAACUCAAAAACCGCGGAGAGAUCAUGAUUGUAACGACCGCUGCAGAACAGGACGAGACAGAACCACCCAGCCGGGUCCCAUCAUGAACGCCCUGCUGGCUUUAGGGAUGCUGAACGUGGAAGCAUGCUGCCUCUCUAGAUUUGUCCCCGUCUGCCUUCUCUAGAUCUUCUUGUGGCUCCCCGGUCGUUUGCUGGUGAUUAGCAUCCGUGUGACAUGAUAGCGGUAUCGUACGUAGCGACUAGACAUUCUUAUUCAGGAUGAAACAUGCAAUAUAUAUAAAUAUAUAUCCGCGCAUCUAGAGGGACGGAGGUGCUGCUGCUACUGGGGAAGAGGACAAAACACUAUCACCGUAAUAUUUACUUGUGGUUACCUGCUUUUGCCAAACGAUCACAGUUUUGUGUGAUUGUCCUAUUUUGUUUGCAUACGAGCGGAAACAAAGUCUGCGAGGAUUGGUGGAAAUGAAGGGAAUUCCCAGAAGGUGACGGCCCGCCGCUCACUCGAAUCGUGCAAAAAGAAUCCAGUUGUGCAUAUUAUUAGUCACGUGGCUGCGUACAGUACAGGCCAAUGCAAUGUUUUCUUUAUUUUCAUGACUAUUUACAUUGUAGAUUGUCACUAAAGGCAUCAAAACUAUGAAUGAACACAUGUGGAGUUGUGUACUUAACAUGUAAACAUGUUUUAUAUUCUUCAAAAUAGCCACCCUUUGCUCUGAUUACUUUUUCGCACACUCUUGGCAUUCUCUCCAUGAGCUUCAAGAGGUAGUCACCAGAAAUGGUUUUCCCUUCACAGGUGUGCAGAGAGAAUGCCAAGAGUGUGCCAAGCAGUAAAUAGAGCAACAUGUGGCUAUUUUUGAAGAAUAUAAAACAUGUUUUCAGUUAUUUCACCUUUUUUUUUGUUAAGUACAUAACUCCACAUGUGUUCAUUCAUAGUUUUGAUGUGACAAUCUACAAUGUAAAUAGUCAUAAAAAUAAAGAAAAAACAUUAAAUGAGGAGGUGUGUCCAAACUUUUGGCCUGUACUGUGUGUGUGUGUGUGUGUGUGUGUGUGUGUGUGUAUGUAUGUGUGUGUGUGUGUGCGACGAUUGCACGGACGCAUCUUUAGCCUGAUUCAUUCAGUGCACUUAUAUCGGACCUAGCGUACGUGAGCAUAACCUCCUCCGAUCCUUAGAGCCCGCUUCUCACGCAGUCACCAUCAAGGACCAGACGUUUGGCGCUGACCUUUUCCUCACCACCCAACACCCGAGUCGUCAGGAUUGCUAACAAAACAAAGCUUUCCACACCCGCAAAAAAAAAAAAAAAGGGCAGCAUCUGAGACGCCACCAAUGGACCCCGCAUGUAUUGCCUUGUCACACAGCGUUGUGGAGUACCCUCCCAAGCAGGCAGCCACCAUUCUUCCCGGUUUCGGAGGGGACGCUGCCUGUGUUUAAAGGAAUGCCAAAAUCUCAGGAGACUCUGUGAAAAGUAAGGAUCGCAAUUCACACGCCGUAUCUGAUUGCAUAAUGCCAUGUCACGCUGUAAAAAUGCACACCGGUACAUUCCCCGCAGCGCUGUGUAAAAGGCACCGGUGAAUAUUUUGCCGGGUCGUUGUGUGAAAAGGCUUCAGUCACUGCCACUUAAGCCAAAAAAAAAAAAAAAAAAGUCCUCAAUUGUGUCGUCCAAAUAAACAGCGACGGGGUGGAAAAUUCCGGCUUUCACAGUGGCGAUCCAUGUUGGAGAAAGUGGGACGUCCAUGACUCUCAGCGUCCAAAUAUUCGAGUUUGUGUUCUCUCACGUGAACUCUGAUCCUGCUGUCUUACCCGAGGUGCCUGCAGACAUGUAGCAUGUGUGUUAGUCGGGGGGCAAACAUUUGAUCCUAUAUUUGGACGGGACAAGAAAGAAAAAAAAUCAGGAUUUGAACUGUGACAGACUGGAUGAUCGUGUAAGUUUGUUAAAAGUAGGAUAGUGGGGAGUUAUGAAAUGUACAUUGUUUUUUGUACCUUGGCUUUAAUUUAUUAAAUAUAUCUUAAUACUGCA